CUCGUGCGGAAGAUCAUAUAUUUGCAUACAUUUAAUUUAUACGACAAGACGUUUUAGUAGAGUCAUAGAACAAGUUUCAAGAAUCUCACAGUUCGUUAUAGGAAUAAAAUGAAUAAACAAUUCUUGAUUGCAUUCCUAUGUUCAACAUCACUCACGGUUCUUCUGGAUAUUAUUGCUCUGGCUACUACUGGUUGGGUCACUAUCACAGAUGUUACCUAUCAAACAUCAUAUGGCAUCUACAAGUUAUGCCGUCAUAGUAUCAACAAAGUUAAUUAUAAUAGAUAUGAAUUAUAUGAAAGUUUAUGUCAAACAUUCAUUCCAACUACGGCUGGGAAUGUGGCGGCUACAAUGUUGAUUUUGGCAAUAUUUAUACUUAUUGCCGCCGUGGCUCUUGCUAUGAUGACAUAUGCGGAAAAAGGAAAUUAUGAUCGGAUUGCUGCUGCACUCUGCCUUGUUGCAUGGGUACUUGUGUUGAUUGGAGCUGGAGUAUACGUUGGAAUGGUGACUUCACAAAUUGUACGUGAUCGCCGUCUCUCAGGAUUUUCUUUUGGGUAUGCUUUCGGAUUAAUUGGUGUCAUGAACACACUCAAUAUUGUUUCCGCUGUAAUCGGCUUCAAAGGAGCGACUCCAACUUCAAACUAAUGUUUUGUGCAGAAUCUCCAAUCAUUUCUCAUCUACUUCAAGUCAUGAACUUUGUUUUAUCAUGAAUAUGUAUAAUUUGGAAAACAGUUUGCAAAUUGCUUCGUAUCAUAUAUAUAUAUAUGGAAUAAUUUAAUAUGAGGACAUGUUAAUGAUGGAUGACCUUAAGGGUAAUUGGAUAUAUGAGGUAUAUGAUAUAGCGGUAUAUAUAUAUGUUAUACCAGUUUAGGUCGUAAUAGACAAUGACCCUCCGUUGUUGAGUUUCAAUCCAUCACCUAAGCACGAAUGAUUUUUAAACAAUAAAACUCUUGCAACCCAUUGUUGAUAAUUCUGUCUCAUUCAUUUUUUAGAAGUUUUUGAUAUAGGUUAUCUCAUGCUGGGCUAGGAAAGGUUGAAAUACACUCGGCUGGAGUCAAAAAUAUUAUUUUUGUGUUAAAUUUCUUUAUUUCAAUAAGUUUUGUUACACUUGUUUUAUGCAAGACGAGCAUUGCAUUAUGUGUAAUAUUGGCCUUCUAGAUGAAGUAUUUAAAAAAUCUCACUGCGAGUAGUACUAUCGUGCUAAAAUUAUAAUCAUCAAUAUCUAUCAUAUAAUAUUUUGGGCGUUAAAUUUUGAAUGUCAUAGAAUUGGGUUUUGUGUCUUUUAUUUUUUAACAAAUUGCUCUCACUGUAUUUAUCAAAUUUAGUUGUGAUUAAAAAUUAUAGCUAUCCUAACCUGUUUUAAAGAAUUACUUGUACUGUGCUUCACUCGACAUAAACAAAUA